UUCACUGCUGGCCUAUAACACAACCUCCCACACAGACCAAUCCUCACGACUGAGUGUCAAAGAAGACCCUUCUUAUGACUCAGUCAGGAGAGGAGGAUGGGGCAAUAACAUGAAUUCUGGCCUCAACAAAAGUCCCCCACUUGCAGGAGCACAAGCAAUGAGUAAGAAUACCGAACAAAGGCCCCAACCAGAUCCAUAUCAGAUCCUGGGCCCGACCAGCAGUCGCCUAGCCAACCCUGGAAGCGGGCAGAUCCAGCUGUGGCAGUUCCUCCUCGAGCUCCUGUCCGACAGCGCCAACGCAAGCUGUAUCACCUGGGAGGGGACCAACGGGGAGUUCAAAAUGACGGACCCCGAUGAGGUGGCCCGGCGCUGGGGGGAGCGGAAAAGCAAGCCCAACAUGAAUUACGACAAGCUGAGCCGGGCCCUCAGAUACUACUAUGACAAAAACAUUAUGACCAAAGUGCAUGGCAAGAGGUAUGCCUACAAAUUUGACUUCCACGGCAUCGCGCAGGCCCUGCAGCCACAUCCCACCGAGUCAUCCAUGUACAAGUACCCUUCUGAUAUCUCCUACAUGCCCUCCUACCACGCACAUCAGCAGAAGGUGAACUUUGUCCCUCCCCACCCGACCUCCAUGCCUGUCACUUCCUCUAGCUUCUUCGGAGCAGCGUCACAAUACUGGACCUCCCCCACGGGUGGGAUUUACCCCAACCCCAAUGUCCCCCGCCAUCCCAACACCCACGUGCCCUCACACUUAGGCAGCUACUACUAGAAGCUUAAUCAUCGGUGGCCUUCUACCUGAAGCCCCUCCAUUCCUCACACUUCCUGGGAUACUUUGGACUCCAAAGGACAUACGUGGCCUUGAAGAGAAAACAAAACUGGAUGUUCUUUCUUGUCGGAUAGAACCUUUGUUCUUUAAAAACAAUCCUUUUUUUUUUUUUUUUUUUUUUUUUAAUGUUGGUAACUUCUGCUUCCUCUACCUUGAACAAAGAGAUGGAUGAUUUUCUGGGCCAGUACACCAGUUUGGAUUCUCAAUCUGCUAUCAUCUUCUGAGUUGAAUAUUUAGAUUACUGGAAUGGUUGUAUCAUGGUUCUAGGAAAGAAACUGUACAUUUUCUUUAUAUUUUUAUGACCAAAGCAGUUUCUUAUCAACACACGGGUCUCAUCAUGGACCCUGUAGGGUUCAGUAUGAUAAAGAAUCAUGGACUUAACCAGUUAAUGCUCUGGUUUGAGACUGAGUGAAAAUAGAGGCAGGAAGCUUAUGUAACCUUAUUUUAGGGGGACCUGAUUCAGUGGAUGGCAACUGGAACACUGGUUGUAAGGCCAGUGAAGUUUUCACCCAACUGGAAUUUAAAAGAAAGAACAUGUGUGUGUAUUUAAGAAGCCGUGGGCAUUGCAAAAUCCCUCCCAGUGGGCAGUAUGCACUAGGCUGACCAUCCUCUCUAGAAAUAGUCAAGAUAUGAACUUAAAAAAUGUUAAUGCAAAUGCAGACAUUACUGAAAGACAGAGAAUUAAAUAAUUUUUUUUUAAGUAAUGACAGUGGGUCCCAGAACUUUGAAAAGUCUUAGGGAUUUCUGAACACAAACAGAUUCGCAAGCGCUGUGCGUUUGUCAGACCACCAGUCCAGGGUCAACCAAUCAGAAGGCAACUUACUGUAUAAAUUAUGCAGAGUUAUUUUCCUAUAUCUCACAGUAUUAAAAAUAGAUAAUUAAAAAAAAGUAAAAAGAAUAAAUAAACGAGUUGACCUCGGUCACAAAGACAAUUUUACUAUCAAAUCAGUCGUUAUUUUUUUAAAUGUAAUUUGUACAUCUUUUGUCAAUCUGUACAUUUGGGCUGUUUGUACGUUUUUAUAGCUGGUUUUUAAAAAGCAUAAUGUGACUAUUGCUAAAAAGAAAACAGGACGUUUGAGUCACUGACUUUACUAGAAAGAGAAGCACCGUGCAGUAUUUAACGGGCGUGCACAAGCAGGUAAAGGCAAUCCAUUCAAAUCUUUAAUGCUUUGGAAAUGUUUGUAAAUAACCAUAAUGCAAUAAUCACAACUUUGGAAAGAACAAGCAAACUUUCCCUUGUGGAUACGAGGGAUUUUCCUGCCCUAUAUAUGCAAUAUAUUUUUUAGAUAUUAAAAUAUAUAUAAUUUUUCAGGUAAUCAUUGACUUUUUUAAAACUAUAUUAAGUGUUAAGCUGACAAUUGUCAAUGAAGACUAUGUUGUAAAAUAAUUUGACUAAAUAAAUUGUGCCUUCUUCUCUCAGAA